UAUAAACCAAAACAACAUGGCGGCUGCUUCGCUGCAGUCGAUGAAGAAUUUCUGGAAAGAAUUCAACCUUCCAGAACUACAGAAAACUUUGGACACGACAGCAACAGAGCUCGCAGACCGUCAAGAUGAAUCCGAAACAUCAAGAAAAAAACUGGUAGAACUCAGUCGUGAUUUUAAAAAGAAUACUCCAGAGGAAUUAAGGAAAAAAGUGGCACCAUUACUAAAGAGCUUUCAAGCAGAGAUUGAUGCUUUAUCCAAGAGAAGUAAGGCCUCAGAGGCUGCAUUUCUUACAAUCUACAAAAAACUUGUUGAUGUUCCAGAUCCAUUACCUGCUUUAGAACAAGCUCAAAUUCACCAGCAAAAGGCUUCAAAAAUCCAGGACUACGAAAUAGAAAACAAGAAACUUAGAGAAACUUUGGAUGAGUACAAUACAGAAUUUGCUGAAGUCAAAAAUCAAGAGGUUACAAUUAACAAGUUGAAAGAGAAGAUCAAGGAAUAUGAAGAAAAGAUAGAAGAAAGAGUGCAGUCUAAAGUCAAAGAGAGAGAAAAAGAAUUGCAGAAAGAAUUUGCAGAAAAAGAAAAACAGCUUAGGGAAACACAGGUUUCUGUGGCACGUAAACUUGGUGUUGCAGAACACAAGACAGCAACACUACAAGCUGCCUUGGAUAACACCCAGACAGAGCUGUUUGAUGUCAAAACCAAAUAUGAUGAAGUGACUGCUGCAAGAUCCUCAGAAAUUGAAAUUUUAGAGUCAGAUUUGGACAGAGCUCAACAGAGAGCACUAUCUGCUGAGAGAGAACUACAAUCCGUUAAAGAAGACCUAUUGGACAGGAUACAAGUACUAUCUCAGGAUACAAGCGAUCACAAGAAUACAAAUGUGGAUGCAGCAAUUGAUGCCAUAUCCAGAUCAACACUUGAACAUGAGCUAACAGCCAAAGAGAGACAGAUCUCACAACUAGUGAGUGAUGUUCAACACUUGCAGGCAACAAUAACAAGAUUAAAAGAUGGCAAUGCACUUGAGGUUAACAGACUUGAAGAACAAAUCUCAGCCAAGACAUCUUCCUUACAGGCUCUAGAACAGAGACUCUCCCAUCAGGAAGAUUAUGAAGAAGUCAAAAGAGAACUAAGUGUCCUUAAAAUGAUAGAAUUCUCCACAUCACUUGAAGAAGAGGAAAUUAAGGAAGCAACACCCAAAUCACUGGAAAUACAGUUUAUGGACAAAAAUAAGCGAUUACAAUCUGAAAACACAAAUUUGAAGGUGGAAAACUCUGAACUAUCAGCAAGAUACCAAGAUCUCAACAGACAGUACAAAGAAACUGCACAUACAGUAUCUGAACAGAAAGAGCUGAUUACACAACUGGAAUGUGAUCUACUUAGUGUUAAUGCACUACCUACAGCAUACCGUGGUCAGGGGGAGGGACAAGCAAGUCCACCAUCAGAGACAGAGUUAGUGGCCACAGCUGUUCAACACACCAUGUCACCAACUUCAGAUGAAAGCACUGACAAAUCAGCCGUUGAUUCACUGCUGCCUAUCGUCGCCAGCCAGAGAAAAAGAUUUAAGCUACGUAACAUGGAGCUAGAAGCUCAAACUCGUCAUCAGCAACAGCAGAUAAGUGUCCUUCAAAAUGAAGUAGACUCCUUACGGUCUGAUAAUGUCAAACUGUAUGAAAAGAUCAAGUUCCUGGAGAGCUAUCCUACAAAGGGCUCAUCGGCCAAGGACGACGAGGCAGCAUUCAGCAGAUAUUCAUCACAGUAUGAACAAAGACUGGAUCCAUUUGCAGCCUUCAGUCAAAGAGAAAAACAGCAACGAUAUAUGGGCCUUAGCCCUCACGAGAAAGUCACGCUAAAUAUGGGACGCUUCUUACUUGGUAACAAGAUGGCACGUACUAUAUCCUUCUUUUAUUUACUUCUGCUACACCUUUUGGUAUUCUUGGUUCUUUAUAAAAUGGCUCACACGGAAUCAUGCAAAAGAGACACUGCAUCAGAAUGUGCUAAAAGGUUUGCAGAACAUAUGUUGAAAGCGCACAAUCAACAUUAAUGUGACGCCGGUUCUACCAAUCGUUAUGUAUAAAGCAUCCCAAGAUAAACUUUUAUGUCUAGAGGUUUUAAAAAUAUUUGUUAGCAUUAAUUCCCUCAAAGUGGUACCGAACACAUCAAUUCUGGGGUCUUGGCUCAUGGACUAUGACUAAACACUGAGGUCGAUAAUACGGAACAGACAGUUGGGCAUUCUCUACGACUGUACAACCUAGAAGAGUAUAGUACGGGGAAUUAUUUGGUGUACAUUAGGUAGGAUCGCACAAAACAAUUAUUUUCAAGAGAAUAGACAUGGUGGCCAUUUUGAUAAAUCGUUUGUUGCAUAUCACCAAAAUGGCCGAAACUUGCAACUCAUAGUUUGCAAUCAUUGCCAAAAGAGUGAAGAAACAAAGACAUGGCGGCCAUGUUGGUGGUACUAAGAAAUAAGGCUAAUAAGAAAGCUUUUGUUAAAUACAACCAACAUGGCGUCGGUGCACUCUUUUAAAGCACCUCUUUUUUUGAAAACUGUACCAUACAGCCUUGAUAAAUGAUGCUCUGUGUCUGAUAAGUGAACCGAUGUAUGACAAAUAGUCAAUCAAAACUAAAAUUGUCUGGUGAGAAGCAAGUAAGCCACGCGGGUACUGUUACAUAUGCUAUGUAAAUGAUGGCUGGGAAAAUAGACUUUGAAAUAAUCUUUAUAUUAAUUUAAUACUAUAUCAAUGGCAAUAAAUGAUGUCCAGAAAA